CCGCUCCCAAGGGGGCGGUCUCCUUCGGGAAAGAGCCUGUUACUCUGCACUAGUGAGUAGUGAGCACAAGCACAAAAGACAUCCCCCGGAGGUUUAGUUCCGUCAAAUCGUCAUUUACAAGCAGGACGUCGUGCUGAGUCCGGCACCGGCGAACCGUCUCGCGAUCCGGCCAUAACGCAGGCACCAAGCCGACAACAAGCUCAUUCUCCUGUGGUAGAGCAGUUUUCAGUUAACGUGGGACCGCUUCGUACGAGUGUUAUCUAAUAAAUAAACAACUGAGCCAGAGAAAAAAAACUGACAAUUCUCGGUCGACGCAAGUUCUUCCCAGAACUUAGUUGGGACGGAGCGAGAAAUAUCGCGGGACACAUGUCCCACGAGAGACGUUCUUGUUGACUGGAUGGACUUGAUAACUCAUGUAAGUGUCGCUGUGGGGCCUAUGAGAUGACUAUGGACCAUUUCUACUUUGGAGACUCGUUUUUCGCAAACUCAAGUACCUGCUCACAUUUGUAAUGAGGUAGUAACUUUUACAUAAUUUAUUUCUUCAGUAGCUCCUAUUCAGUAACUUUAAAGAAAUGAUUUUGUGUGUCGUCUCAAAAUUGUGGACUCUAUCAUAGUCAUUUUUUAUAUCUAUAAAGAGAACUGGACAUUUUGCAUUACCAAAAACUUAAAUCUUCUUGAGAAAGAUUCUAACGUCCUAAAGUAAAAUCUUUGUAGAGAACUGUCUGUUUAAAAUAGAUUUUGACUAUACAAUAUCUGAUCAAAAGAUAUAAACAGAAGUACAGAGAAGGUGAUGUAGCACAAAGAAAUUAUAUUAAAGAAAAAAAGCAAAGAGAAAAAUGUCUUUAGCUUUUUCAAGAUAAAUAAUUUCGUUUGAAGUCAUUGCAGCUUACCUCCAGUCCAUGGAAAAAAAAUGUCGCGAUGAGCUUGGAGUUGCAAAAGCCGUGUUCUCUGCGAGCCAACUGAACCUUUGAACUGUUGCAAAUCAAUAAAAAUUCCGAAUCAUUUUCGAUUCGGAAACUGGUAGUCAAUAAGAAGACGAUUGCCAGACGGCCAGCCAUCGAGUAGUCAACCCUCUGCUAAGGUAGAGACCGGGAGGCAGAUCACUUGUGACGUCACUGUCUCCAACACGUGGUCCAACAGGGGCGUAUUAGUUGUGUGUGUACACUUUGCUCGGCAGCGACUCCACGGAGGUCCGGGGAACGUAACUCACUCAUUGUUGUUGGAAAGUCCCUGGCGUUAGCUUGAUCUAUCGCCGUGAGAAAACGAGUUAAGAUGAUGUUCGGGUUGCAAGAUAGUGGCCUCCAGCCCAGGGGGCCCAUGGCUACUCUUAAGGAGGAGCCGCUCACAUCAGCGCAACUGGGCAGUGUUCGGACGGGAUGGAUGCAACCGGCAAUGAUUGACCAGACCGCUGGGAGCGUGGGUCUUGGUCGAGCACAUUUUGAAAAACAGCCUCCGGGCAACCUCAGAAAAAGCAACUUUUUCCAUUUCGUUAUAGCCCUUUAUGACAAAGCAGGUCAGCCUGUUGAAGUGGAAAGGACAGCAUUUGUUGGUUUUGUUGAAAAGGAACAGGAGAUUGAAGGACAGAAAACAAAUAAUGGUAUUCACUACAGACUUCAGCUCCUGUAUGCUAAUGGAGUGCGGCAGGAGCAGGACCUAUAUGUACGGCUAAUAGAUCAUGUGAAGAAAGAGGCCGUCCCAUACGAAGGACAAGACAAAAAUCCCGAAAUGUGCCGAGUAUUACUCACACACGAAGUCAUGUGCAGUCGAUGCUGCGACAAGAAAAGUUGUGGCAACAGAAACGAAACUCCUUCCGAUCCCGUGAUAAUUGACAGGUUUUUCCUGAAAUUCUUCUUGAAAUGUAACCAGAAUUGUUUAAAAAAUGCUGGUAAUCCCAGGGACAUGAGAAGAUUUCUGGUCGUUAUAUCUACUCAAGUGAGUGUGGAGGGACCUCUUUUAGCUGUUUCAGAUCCGAUGUUCGUACACAAUAAUUCAAAACACGGCAGAAGAGCGAAAAGACUCGAUCCGACAGAAGUUCAUUUUGCAGCGACGCCGUGCAUCAAGGCAAUUAGUCCAAGUGAAGGUUGGACAGCCGGAGGAUCAGUAGUCAUCAUCAUUGGUGACAACUUCUUCGAUGGUCUCCAAGUCGUCUUUGGUACAAUGCUCGUCUGGAGCGAGCUCAUCACAUCUCAUGCCAUCAGAGUUCAAACACCACCUCGUCACAUCCCAGGAGUUGUUGAAGUGACACUCUCUUACAAGUCCAAACAGUUUUGUAAAGGAGCUCCAGGAAGAUUUGUAUAUGUGUCUUUAAACGAACCUACCAUCGAUUAUGGCUUUCAGAGGCUCGCAAAAUUAAUACCACGACAUCCAGGUGAUCCAGAAAAAUUACCAAAGGAAAUCAUUUUGAAGCGGGCGGCUGAUCUAGCUGAAGCCUUGUACAGUAUGCCUCGAAAUAACCAAUUAGCUCUCCCCGCCCCUCGCUCCCCAGCAUUGAACAACGCAGCCGCUAUGUCCGGCUUCAAUGCCUACACAGGUCAGCUGGCUGUCAACGUGCAGGAGAACGAUUAUGGCAGGACGCAGAGUAACAGUGCGUCACCGAGAGGUUAUGGCUCAAAUGCGUCGACACCGCACAGCGCCAAUGGCAGUUCCUAUGGCACAGCAGCAAUGAAUGGAGGUUAUGGUAGUCCUGCUAACCUCGGCAAUAUGGCAGUGCCCGGUUCACCAGGUCUAUUUAAUGGAAUGGGAAGCAUCGUUUCUUCGCCUUUUGCAGCAAUGAACCCGUUCGCCCUGCCCACAUGCAAUGGUCAGUCUUAUGGCAGUUCUAUAGUGACAUCUAAGUGACGGUGGAGUUGCGCCUCAACAGACUGGCGACUUUGAUUCGACCGCAAACAUUCCUUUUUGACCUCACCCCUCGCAUCCAGAACGGGUCAAAAGACCCAUUGGAAUGUAGCACGUUGUGGACCCCUGUCAGUGAUGUUCUCGUGGAAAUUAUAUUUAUAUAUAUCAGACAUCAGAACAUGGAAAUCAUCCUCAGCAUGUAUCGAAUAAAUGGUUAAAGGAAUCACAUAUCGGAAUCUUCUGCCAUCCGAAUUUACUAUUUCUUUUUUUCUUCUGUCAGAAACUAUUUGUUUGAAGAAAAUCAGAAAAAUAAUGAAAGGAACUGCUAAAGAUGGAGAAGCAAAACUAUAGUGUAAAAUUUUAAGGAUCAGUAGACAUUUCGAGAAUCAUCAUGGCAAAGACUACAUUUUGCUAAGAAGGUGUGCAUGAUGGCGAGGAAACAUCUUGUGUUAUCAAACUAUCAAUCAAGUGAUGUUUAGUCAAAGUUAGUUAAAUUAUGUUUUUUUUUUAUUUAUUUCAGUUGAAGUAUUUUUAGUUUCUUUAUCAUCCAAGCUUUGCUGAAGCAACUAAACAAACUUCAAGUAACUGUCAAAUUUUUUCCCACCUCUUUAGAGAAGUGAACCUCUCUUUUUUAGUUUUAGUUUUAUUUUCAUUUUCAAAUAAUAUUUAUUUUUCAAUGAGCUUUACUCUCCCAAACUUACAUUUUAUGUGCAAUUCUAGGAAACUGCAGGCAGUUUCUAGACUUUAUAUUAAACGAAAUAUCGAGCAUGCUAAAUUUAGAUUGUUUUCCUACUUUUAUUUAAUGUAUAAUUCUGUAUUUUUGUAUUUAUUAUUGGAUUUCUUGUAUAUACUGAAUCAUGUCAUUGUAAAAAUUAAUUUAUCAUAUUAUUUAUUAUGAAUUUCAAACCAUGAAGAAACUUAUUUAUUGUA